CGAUGUGUGGCUAGGCUAGUUAAUGAGGCCAGUGAAACAUGUGCUUCGAAAACAAGUGGAUGCAUCUUUGCGCCGCAGACCAAUCAAUGGUAGACUUCCCUUGCGAUGCGUUGCUGCUUCAAAAGCAACGGGAUGGCUGUGCGUGGAGGGGCCCACAUAAAACUCUCUGCCGGGCGCAUGAAUAUCCGGCCGCUGCCACCAGAAGUCUGAACUGCAACCUCGUGAGGCAUAUCGUGUCUUCGACUGCUGGAGAUGUCGGCUCCUUCGGCGGCGAUACACGGUCGCGGCAUGUGGCUCAACUGCAGCUUCGACCUCGAGUCCGACGAGCUGUACUCGGUGAAGUGGUACAAGAACGACACCGAGUUCUACCGCUACAUUCCACGGGACAGGCCACCUGCGCAGAACUACGACCUGCCGGGUGUGGUAGUCGACAUGUCCCGUUCCCGAGAGGGCCACGUGUUCAUCUCAUCGGUGAACUUGUCCAGCGAAGGAAACUACCGCUGCGAGGCUUCUGCCGAGGCGCCUUCUUUUCAAACCGUGGUUGGCGAGAAAGAAAUCAAGGUUUUCGUUAUUCCCGAUUACCCUCCCAAGAUCAGAGGUACGCGAGCCAAGUAUGAAGUCGGGGAACGUCUUGACGUGUCCUGUAGAGCACCGUACUCGCUGCCAGCGGCCAAGCUUGUCUGGUACAUCAACGAUCAAGAGGUUCCGUUCAGUGAUGUCCGUGAGCUGGAGACACUGUACGACUCGGAAGGGCUGCAGAGUUCGGCAGUACUGCUGUCAUUCGUCCUGCAGCCUUAUCACAUGAUUGGCAGCUCGCUGCGGCUUAAGUGCGUCAGCGUCAUCUCGGAGACAUUCCUGACAUCCAGCGAAGAGCUUAUCGUCGGGGACACGGUGCCUUCCAUACCGUAUCCAGAGGCAAGUCCGCACAGUCCCAGAAUCGACGGCGGUCUGCCGAAGUACCGGGUCAACGACCUUGUGAACCUGACCUGUAGAUCUGCAGAGUACGAUCGGCCUCCGGAGUUGAGGUGGUUCAUUAACGACAAGGAGGCUCGUCCCGAGUACCUGGUGAGAUACGAGGUCCAUAGGUACCCGAAAUACGCUGCUUCACUGGGCUUGCGGUUCAGAGUGCGGCCGGAGCACUUCGAGGAGGAACGCAUGCAUCUGCGGUGCACGGUGACGUUGUCGAACGUCCUCAACACGAGCAGCGCGGAGGCGAGCAUCAAAAACAAACACCGAACUAUGUCGGGAUUCAGAGCAGCUAGCAAAGACGCCACCAACGGGGCAGCCAGCAUCUUGGCGCCAUUGCUGUCAAGUCUACUGGUUUUCAUCGCCCUGUCGAAGCUGUGAGCGGUGGCGCUAACCAUCACGCAAAGCGCAAGCGAGAAUUCACUGCCUCUACAGCAACCCUGCUUCUUUUUGUGUGUCCGUGUGUGAGGGCUUGUGCGAUAUUUCAUACAACAGCAUUUCAGACCACUAACUUGGUGCCAAGGACACUCACACAGACCUGGACUGGUAUAGCGAAAGAAGGUUUGGGCCAUGGCGGGUACUGCAGUGAAAAAACUCGGCUGGACAAGGGGCUGGACAAGGGGUUGUCACUUGUGUCUCUACAACCUCGCGAAUGUUCGGUAUGCGUUGUGCUGGUGCCUUUGUUUCCGUGAACUGUCAUAACACCUACGUGUUCGUAGACUGGGACAAGAGUGCUGCGUGCGACACCGGACAACCGUAUUUUCUCUUUUCUUUCUUUUGUUUUGUUAUUAAAAGCGUUUAUGUCCUUACGUGAUCGGGUUACCUCGCAGGAGACAAAGUCUGGUGCGGCACUUGGAUUCUACUGGAACCAGCAAAGCACCCACUGUGGUAGUUUUAGCAGGUAAGUUUGAUAUCUCUAUGCAAGUUCUAUGGCAGACGCCCACACACAGAUGGAAGCCUGUAAGAGAAGCAGGGGCAUUCGGCAUCUUAUCUCCACUUGCCACUUGGGUAUCCACAAGCAAUCAAAACUCCAGCGCACUCCUGACCUUCGCAAAUACUACUCUUCUCCGAGAAUUAAAAAAAAAAUUA